CCGCAUCUAUGUAUAAAUACCCCAGUAUAUCACUCAGGAAGAUAGAUUCAAUCAUUAUCUACACACUUCUUCAUCUCAACAUCUAAUAAACUUGUUCUUCAAACUUCCUUGCUUUCUUGUCUAAUUCAAACCGACAAAAUGGUUGCCAUCAAAAACAUUUUCUGCUUCAUCACAGCAGUCACUGCUGCCACUAUUUACCAGCGUACUCCGGCGACUCUUCUCACAGAUAUAACCACCAUCGAUACAAAUGUCAAAGCACUUACGACUGCAGUCGACAACUACAACGGUGGAUUCUUUAACCUGCUUACAGUGAGCAGCACUGAAUCAACUUUGGAAACUUCCAUCAAGAACGCUGCCAAUGAUGCUGCCAACACAUCUCAAUUAUCCUCAGCCGACUCCAACAGUAUUCUCAAUGAAAUCAACAACCUGAUUCCCGAUAUUCAAGAGGCACUCAAUGCGCUUGUAGCAAAGAAGUCUACAUUCGCUAACGCAGGGGUUGCUUCAACCGUCAAGGGUGACUUGGCGAGUUUGAAAAAGGAAACUGAUGAUUUUGGAAAGAAUCUUCUUGCCAUUUCCUCAUCUGAUGUAGAGCCACAGUUGUCUGCGGCUUUGAAUACGAUUGAUAACGACUUUACCACUGCCCAGGCUGCGUUUUAAGGAGGUUCAUAUAUUUGACAAUGGCAUUGUGUAGGAAUGUGGAGGUUAGUGGCUAGGGAGAACUGAUUAGAUUGAGUUGGAAUUUGGGACAACCGAUAACUUUGAAUGAAGUUUGAGAUGGAAACAGGUUGUUCGGAAU